ACUUAAGCUACUUUCGCGCGUGAUUCGCAUCAUGAAGGUACGUUUAAGCUAUGGAUGAUCUAGUCAAGAGACUUCAAUGAGCUUGGCAUGUUACUACGGUGAUAUCAAGCUUAGAUUUAUACACAAUGUAUAAAAACAUCAGUCCCUCUACGGCGACGCAAGUCCUUCUCUUACUAUUCAAUCUAAUGUUAGACCCUCGUCAUUUACAGUUAUCAUUUCAGUAUAAUAUGUUAAGAAACAAUAUUAUUUUCUCUCUAUCUACCUAGAGGAUUUAGUAAGUGCCAAGGGUGCUUUUAGUGAGAGCACUUAAAUUUCCCUUCCAGGAAUCCCCACAUCGAAAAACCGGCCAAGUAUUGGAAUGUUCGUCAUGGCCUACAUAUCCCCGCUCGAGCCGACGGCAACCACUCGAUCUUCUAUCCAACUUUGGUUAAUAUUUCUUACUAAAAUCUUCGUACUUAAUCAUAUCAUGGGUUUCGCAAUGUCAAGGCCUACGCAAACAUCACUAAUCAACAAUCAACAUGAUCAGAUUAUACCUGAUUACACAACGUCGGAAGCCGGCAACCCAUUCAUAGAGGGUUGGUAUGCUGACCCAGAUACGGAGAUCUACGAUAGCAUCUACUGGGUCUACCCAACUGCAUCUUAUUCAUACGAGCAACAGACAUAUCUCGACGCUUUUUCUAGUCCGGAUCUGAUUAAAUGGACGAAACAUCGUAACAUCCUCACUACGGAUAAUGUUUCUUGGGCUGUUAAUGCUAUGUGGGCGCCAGCACCAAUUUAUAGAAAUGGCAAAUAUUUCUUAUAUUUCGGAGCGAAUGAUAUUAUGGAAGAUGCACCCGAGGGAGUAGUUGGUGGCAUUGGAGUCGCGGUCGCAGAUAAACCGGAAGGUCCGUACGUCGAUGCUAUCGGAGAACCUCUAAUUGGGGAAUACCACAACGGCGCACAGCCAAUCGACCAGGAUGUCUUUAUAGACGACGUGGAUGGACAGGCUUAUAUCUACUACGGCGGUCAUUCGCAUGCUAAUGUGGCGAAGCUAAAUGAGGAUAUGAUAUCGAUCGGAACAUUCGAUGAUGGGACACAAUUUAAAGAGAUUACCCCGGAAAACUACGUCGAAGGUUCCCAGAUGAUCAAGCGCAACGGCAUUUAUUACUUCAUGUGGUCAGAGGGCGUUUGGACAGGUCCCGAUUAUUCGGUAUCCUACGCGAUGUCGGACACCCCACUAGGUCCGUUCAAAAGAGUGGCCAAGAUCUUGGAGCAGGAUGAUUCGGUGGCUAGAAGCAGUGGACACCACGGGGUCAUAAAUAUUCCAGGCACAGAUAUAUGGUACAUCGUCUAUCACCGCCGCCCGUUAAGCGAAACCGACGACAACCAUCGCGUUUUAGCAUAUGAUCGUAUGUACUUCAACGAGGAUGGGACCAUCGCACCAGUUACGAUGCUAGUCAAGGACAAUUUCGCUAACGGCGAAAUGUUCAACUGGAAGACGUAUGGCGGAGACUGGUUUGUAGUGGACCAUAAACUCAACGCUGCCGAGUCAAUUGGAGCUCGAGCGUUCCUUGAUACCAACUUCGCGGAUCUAGUCUUUGAUGCGACUAUCUCUAACAUCACAGGAGACAGCGGGGAUGCGGGGCUUGUUUUCCGGGCUACAGAUCUCUCCACUGGGGCCGAUGAGUUCAAGGGGUAUUAUGCGGGGAUCUCGCCAGCCGGCGUGGUUUUCCUCGGGAAAGCCGACUCGGGAACUUGGACGUCUAUUUAUGAAGCCGGCAUAGACAUAUUCAGUGAUGUGCAGUAUAGAAUCAGGAUAACAGCGGUCGGGAGUAAAAUAAGUGUCUUUGUGGAUGAUUUGGAUAAUGCGAAGAUCGUUGUUACGGAUGAGUCGUUUACUAGAGGGGCAACGGGGGUAGGGGUUCGGUACGGCGGUGCCACUUUUGACUCCGUUUCUGUAGCAAAACCAUAGGAAGACAAUAUAAUAAAGCUAUAAUAAAGGCGUGAAGUUCCUCUUGAGAACAAAUUGCAGGCAAAUAUUGACCUAGGUAUGAGCUACUUGGUCAUCAGCUAGGUAGGUAUUUAGGGCUAGGGUUAGG